AUGAUUGCAUUUGGCGCUAUAUUUUUAGCGCUCCAAGUGGCUGCUGCCAAUGCCGGAAAGUGUACAACUGGCUUCUCGGUGGUGGCGCCGGAAGUGGCAGUACCCGGGAAGACAACCGCAGUACUCGUGACGUUACACGGGAGAGCUGACAAUGAAACUGUGGACCCACUCAACGUGACUGUCCGACUAGAAACGCAAGACGCCGAAAAUGACGUGAAAUUAUUAACGACAGCGAGCCAAAUGAUUAUAGGAUACGGCAUCAUUUCGCUCAAAAUACCAGCGUCUCCAGCAACACAUUGUACUCUUCAUACAACAGUAGGCUGUGUUGGAAGUGACGAAUGUACGGCAAAAAGUCACAGUGUGAUAAGGCUGUUAGGGCCAGUUCGAGACGUAAUUGUCCGACCAGCCCGCCACCAUUACAGGCCCGGUGAAACAAUCACAUUUUGGAUACUGGCCCUUGACCAUGAUCUGCGAUUGGUUCGAGAUGAAAUAGCCUAUGUUGCGCUUAGUGACCCAGCUGGAACCAAAGUCGCCAUCUGGGAUCAGCUAUCAAUGGAAGAAGGUGUACGGAAGCUUAGUGCCGCUCUUGCACCGGGUGCUCGUUCGGGAGUGUGGCGUAUCGAAGCAAAAUGUGGUGGAGCAUCAGCUCGUGUCGAUAUAACUGUUGGAGCGGGUCUUGGAGGCUCCAGUGCUACAGCACCCGCAGCAGAGCAACACUAUGUCGAACUCAGGUUUGCUGACAGCAUGCGACGCCGCUACAAGCCUGGAUUACCUUUUGUUGGGCGGGUGGAAGCUAUGAGUACCGAAAAACGAGUUCGAGUUCGAGUAAAGCUGUAUGACGACAAAACCGAUAUCUAUAGUCAAGACAUCGACAUGUCUACGGGCGAGGGAGGUUUCAUAGUACCAACAGUCAUGGCUGAUGCACCAUACGUCAAUUUACAGGCGGAAUUAGUUGCAGUUGAAGGAAAAGAAAUUGAGACGCACUAUGUUCUUGCGAGGGAGAGAAUCCGACGUUGGAAUUCAACGUCUAAGUGCUACCUCCUUGUUGAAAAUCUACCAACGCCGCUUCAGGCUGGAGGUGUAGCAAGCGCUAGUGUGUGGUCAUCUUGCGGCUGUCGACAAAGGCUACUGGCAGCAGUUACUAGUGGAGGUCGAGCAGUUCACUGGGCCGCGGUACCGGCUCCAGAUCAUUCGAGCAAUGACGACUUAUGCAGAUUCAAUUAUACGUUCCCGGUGACAGCUGACAUGGCGCCAGUGAGCUCCCUGCUCGUCUACUACGUGACGGAGGCUGGGGAGCCCGUGAGCGACGUCGUCAGCUUUCACGUACGGCUGUUGCAUAAGGAGGUCGCAGUUGCGGUAGAAGAAAGACGAUGGUGGUAUCCAAGAGCAGCACUCCAACUUCGAGUCCUCGCUCCACCAGACUCCAUGAUGUGUCUAAUUGGCGCACGAUCUCCGCCUGACGCUCGGUUUGAUCCACAUCAACAAACAUCAGAUCAUGAAGAUCAACCCGGUCCAGAGUUUGUCUCUGCUGGAGUUUCGCUCUUCGUAGGAGGUGGAGCAUGCGGCGGUGGGGUGUUGUAUCGACAAAGAACGGCACCGGCACCUCGACCUCCAGCCCAUUUGGUCCCCCCAGCCUCGCACGACCGGCUUUGGAUGUGGAGAUGCUUUAAUUAUACGAAUCAGCUAUCGACAGACGGAGUGACAAUCUCGGCACCAUCCGAAGCUGGCCGAUGGUCGCUAUGGGCUCUUUCUUUAUCGAACCGCGGACUACGCUUCUCAGCUCCACGUACUAUAAAUGUCUUCCGUCCUAUUCAACUGGAUUUCGCGCUUCCUCCUGCUUUAAAAGUUGGCGAGACUGUCGAAGUAGAUGUGAAGAUCACGAACAACAUCAAUAAUUGUAUGGACGUAACCGCUCUAUUGGCUCUGAGCGCUGGCGCGGCUUUUGCGAGCACCGGUGCACUGUACGUCACUGAACGACUGCGUCUUGGACCACGCGGUGGAACCCAGCUGGUUGUAAGAGUCGCCGUCAAUACACCUGGAAGGAAGAACAUUACUGUGGAAGUAACCGGAUACAGCGCCGACAACUGUUCCGUAUCUUACACAUCUUUUAACAAUGAAUCUCUGGUCGGCUCGGUGAUAAGAUCAGCUAGUGUUCUGGUGUUGCCUGAAGGCUUACACAGGAGCGAUACACAAAGCGCAUACUUCUGUGCUAAUGAACAUCUAGCCGUUUCUUCUCGGGGAUCGUGGGAGUGGCAAUGGGUAGCAGCGCCACGCAACCGUGCCGGUCUUGUCCUCGAGCUUCGGGCACAAGGCGCUGCGCAUGUCGCCCUCUCAGCUAUACGCGAGCCUUCGGACGAUAUGUACAGAGUUGUGUUUGAGAGAAGUCGUGUUUGGAUCGCUAAGGGAAAACAUGGUUAUGACGUUCACUUAGCCAGCGCAGAACAAACUGAGAGCGAUGACGAAUGCUCAGGAGCGGAGUCGUGGUGCGCUUGGUGGGUAUGGUGGGAAGGAGGUAGACUGUCCGUCGGUAGAGGAGCGGCACCCUCUGAGCGGAGACUGUUAGUGUGGCCUUUGACUGCAGACAUGAGGAUAAAUUACGUCGGCUUCAGCGCAUUGUGGGGAGAGAAAGCUGACUUCAGAAUAUGGAACUUUAACGAAGAAGCAGGCUUUUCUCAAGUAUUAGAACUCGGUCUGCCUCACGGUGUAGUGCCGGGUUCGGCUAGUGGAACUCUUCUCGUAUCAGGCGGUCUGCAUCUUCCCUUAUAUAGCUUACAAACCGAUUCUGCUGAUCAAUGGGCUUCAGUGUGGAGAGAUUCCCAGUUGUCAGCUGCAUCAGCGAGCUUAGCGCCGCUGUUAGCGUUGGAGCACAUUCCCCACUUGGUUGAGGAUGCAGAAAGAGAAAGAAUACUGAAAAAAAUACCCGAACAGGUUCAAAUUCUUUUAUCGUUUCGUAAAAAUGACAACUCAUUUAGCGAUCAUCCAGCGAUGAGUAGUCACUUGUCUACAAUAAAAAUUCUGGAGAUCUUAACCAAAAUACAGUCCUAUUACCCCAUCGAUCCUGACUUACUCCAGAAAAUAAGAAAAUGGAUUCAAUCGAGACAAGACGCUGACGGCUCAUUUUCACCACUACCUGCUGAUAAAGAAGUAGACUAUUACCAAGUAGAAAUGAAAAACUCCAAUGGAACUGAAAUGGAAGUAAAUGAAUAUUACUAUUACGACAAAGAUGGAAACAUGACGGAAAAAGAAAUAGAAUGGGAAAGGAGAGUCGAAGUUACGGCGGAAACAUUGGCUGCGUUAUUAGAAGUUGGUGUAGAAAAUCAGUUCGAUGCAAAUGUUGCGAAGAAAUCUCAAGCUUACCUGGAAAAAAAUAUCUAUAAUCUCACAUCACCGGCUGCACUUGCUGCAACAGUUUUGGCUCUCGUUCUUGCAAGGAGUCCGGUUGUCCCUGAAGCUUUGGCAAUAUUAAGGAACGCUUCAACUACUGAAGAGGGUGAGUUUGGAUGGCCAGCUCCAAGGAAGGAUGCUGCAGAUUGGCUUUUAGAAGAAACUUCGAGAAACAUUAAAACAACUUCCUACGAAGCUGUAACAAUGGAGCAAUACGUCGCCGGUGUAAGAGUUCUCCUAGCAGCUUGCGCAAGGGGAGCAUUAGCGGAAGGCGAGGCUGCCGCUCGUUUCCUAUACUACAGGGCGUCCACACUUCAACGACAUCCCAGUUUAGCGUAUAGUGCAACAAAAGCCGCUGCCCAGUACGCAGCAUUAGCUCAUGAUAGACAUCGGGCUCUUACAGUAUCACUGGCAACGGCAGGAAUGGAACUUACUGAUACAUUGGAAUUACGGGCUAAAACGCCUCCGAGACCUUUACAACUGCCCGGCUUGCCGACUAAAGUUUUUGUUUAUGCUACGGGCGCAGGAUGUGCAACUGUCCAGGGAACUAUUUCUUAUUCUACUUACUCGCCGAAACCAGAGAAUGCUCUUUUAAAUAUUCAAGCUGCCAUUAUAGAAGAAAUACAUCCGGAAAGAAGUAGUAUUGAGGAUCUACAAGGAAACUUACCUACUCUUAUCAUAAAAACGUGUUUCAAAUGGAAAGGUAAGGAACGUUCCGGUAUUAUACGACUUGAGUCAUCACUUUUCUCGGGAUAUGAAUUGCAGUCAGUCAACCCUGUAGUACUAGAUGGUGCUACUUUUGCAGACUUACAUUAUGGCUCCAGGGGUGAAUCAGUUUGGUUCGUUUUUGCCAAUAUCAGUUCUACUUGUCCUGUUUGCGUUACAUACGAAGCACGAUCAAAAUUUGUAAUCACAAGUCUGAGACCAGCAUUCGCCAAGAUAUACCCCUCCACACGUCCAGACUUAGCAGUUGAAACAUUCUUCCACGCUAGACCAGGCAGUCAAUUACUUCGAGGUAUAACCGAUGAUGACUUUAUAACUUGGUUUGAUAAAACUGAAAUAGCAAGCCUCACAACCACAGCAAGUAUUGACAACAUUUGUGAAUGUGGGAGGAUAUGCAGUAGAGAUUAUGAAUUUAGAAAAUCAAAUGAAAGUGGCCAUACGAUAUUAAACUUGAAAAAGAAUGACAGUCCCCCUGAAGUAAUCGAAAUCGUAACAGUUCCUGAAAUAAAUGACAUUGUGACUAGUACAACCACAGUGCCCUUUACAACAUAUCAAAAUAUAAGCAAUAGCACAGCUCAGCCAUUAACAACACCUCAGAAAACUUUAGUAAAUAUAAAAAUAGAACCAAACAAAACUAACACUGAACAUUUUCUUUAUAAACCAAAAAAUGUCUCUAUUGAACAAGUAGUAUCGAAAACAAAUAUUGAACCAAUAAUUAUUGUGACUGACAAUCAGAAACUUGAUAAUAAUUUAGAACCAAUGAUAUCUGUAGUGAAAUCUGAGCAGACAAUGCAAAAGUUACCAAAAUAUAUUCCAAAAAUAGAUGAAUCAAAAAAGAAAGUUCUUCCAAGGCGAAAAGGUACACUUAAAGCAACAUAUGGAGAUAAACAAGAAAAAUUCUUUGCAAAAAUAAUGAUUGCCAAUAAUACAGUCUCUAACAAGACAGAUUAUGAAAACAUCAAAAUAUUGAAAAAAGCCAAUGUAAGAUUGGGACAAUCUUCUUUUGCAAAACAGCAAAAUAAAACUGGAAUAAACGUUACGGAUGUUACAGAAGACUUAAAAAACAAUGAUACAACCUUUAAAAUAUUGAAUGAUAGUAAAAAUGCAUUAAAUAAUACAGUUUCUUCGCACAAAGAGACUACAAUUAUACCUCAUACUAUUGCAGCGAUAACUAAAAGUAAUAUACAAACAAUGCAUUAUAAAACCAAGAAACCAAAGCCAAUAACACAAAUAAAAAAGCCCCAAAUAAUUCAUUAUUCUAAGAAUACUACAAAUAUUGAUACAAACGAAAAAAAUAGAACUUAUGUUAAUGUAAGUAAAAUUCAAAAUAAGCCUACUGAAAAGUCUUCAAAAACUCUGAAAUCUAUUAACAAGGAAAUACAUAAAAUUCCGCCGACUCCAAUGUCUGAAACUUCUAAAGCUCUUGAUAAUCCUGUGAAAUCCGAUAUAGCGCCAGAAGACAAGGGAGGUUAUGAAAUUUUAGAUAAAAACCGCCUUUGGGAACUUCUUAAAGAAGGUACUGAGGGUGAAAUGACAAAAUCAGAAGACAAACUACAUGUAAAUAACAGGUUAAACGUUGAGUCAAAUCUUACACAUAAUGAUAAUCGAUCUUUAUAA